AUGGCUUCACUGGACUCGAUCAACUUGAUCAAAGGCUGGCCGAGUACAUCGCUGCUCCCUACCCACCAUUUGAGCAGAGCAGCCCAAACAGCAUUGGCCGAUACCUCCGUCGCCUUUCCCGGUCUGCUCUAUGGUCCUGAUGAGGGCUAUGCUCCAUUGAGGGAGACCCUUGGCAAUUGGUUAACCUCGUGGUACGAGCCCGAACAAUCCAUUGGCAAAGAACGAAUUACAAUCACAGGUGGUGCUUCCCAGAACCUAGCUUGUCUUCUCCAGGUCUUUACCGAUCCUGCAUACACUAGAGAUAUACUCUUUGCUGCUCCUGCUUAUAUGCUGGCCUUCCGAGUCUUUGAGGACAAUGGUUUCUCAGGCAAAAUGAAAGCAGUACCUGAGGACGAUGAUGGCAUGGAUAUGCACGCUCUGAGAAGAGCACUCGAGGAAAGUGAGAAGCAUUCGCCCGAAAACAAGACUCCUAUGUUCAAACCUCCAAGACCCUAUGCAAAGUAUUAUCGUCAUGUCAUCUACUGCGUGCCCACUUUCUCAAACCCUUCAUCAAGGACUUUGCCUCUGGACCGCAGGAUUGAGCUCGUAAAGUUGGCUCGAGAAUUCGAUGCUUUGGUAAUCACGGACGAUGUCUACGACUUCUUACAAUGGUCUGCGGAUUCCAACACCUCGACUAGCAUUACCAAAGCUCUAUUGCCUCGUCUAGUCGAUAUUGACCGCUUCCUCGACGGUGGAGCAGAACGCCCUGGAGCCGAUGGCUUUGGCAAUACGACCAGUAGCGGAAGCUUCUCCAAGAUUGCAGGACCUGGUUUGCGAGUGGGCUGGUCAGAGGGGUCGCCAAAAUUCGCGUACGGUGUCUCCCAAACUGGCUCCUCUUGCAGUGGCGGGGCCCCUUCUCAACUCACGUCUACUUACAUGAACAUAUUGGUCAAAGAUGGGACCAUGUCUGAUCACAUUUUCAAAGUACUACAACCUGCGUAUGCUGCACGAUACAAGACUUUGGCAUCGGCAAUCAAGGACUAUCUUUAUCCUCUUGGAGCCAGCCUGCCGCAACCGAAUCAGCGUGUAGUAGGAGGUUACUUCUUGUGGCUGACACUGCCUGACACGGUCAAGGCUGUUGACUUUGCCAAGAGAUGUCAAGAUGAGGCCCAAGUCAUCGUCGCACCGGGUAGUAUCUUCGAGGUUCCCGGAGAUGACAGUGUCAAGUUCGAGCAUUCCAUAAGACUGACCUUCAGUUGGAUUGAUGAACAUCUGAUGGUUGAAGCCGUGAAGAGAAUCAGUACGGUUCUUGAGAGAUGUUUGAAGGGCGAAGGUCCUACAGAGGCUCCCAAGCAGAAUGAAAUCAACGAGAACCCAUAUUAG